AAUGUCCGCUUUCUCGUUAUUCCUCGAUCCUCUAGCGUCGGCACACGUCGCUUGCCUCUGGCGCCUCCUGAGCCCACGGCCUCAUGCUGCCUCGACUGCAAGGCCCCUCCGCGCUGACGCUGCAGGGAGAGCUCGUGCUGCGCAUCGUCGCCGCGCAGGACAUCGCGAACCCACCUUCCGGGAGCGCGCUGGGCCAGCCGACCUGGCUUCUGCAGCUUACCGACGGCGCCGAGUGCUGCACCGCCUUUGAGUGGUCGCCGCUGCCGGCGCUGCACGAAGCGGGCGCGGAUCAGCUCCUCGCCGUCGGCGCCGCGCUACGCCUCAUCAACUGCCGCGUCUCGGGUGGCAUCCUCCUGCUCGAGCCCGCGACGACAUCGCUGCUCGGAACAGACGACUCCGCCGACGCACCGGCAGCGCCUCCCGCGCUGGCAGCCGAGUGGCCCGAGUGCCUGCUGGCGGCGGCGGCCGGCGGCGCGAAGCCGCCGCGUUUCGAGCACUAUCGCGCCACGGGCUCGGCCUCCGCAAUCGACGACUCGCCUGCCAUGCUGCCGCCGCCGCCGCGGCCGCUGCCGCCGCCGCAGAAAGAGCAGAAACAGGAGACGCAGCAGCAGCAGCAGCAGCAGCAGCAGCAGCAGCAGCCGGAGCAGCCGAAGCAGCCGAAGCAGCAGCAACAACAGUUGCGACAGCAGCAGCAGCAGCAGCAGCAGCCGAAGCAGCCGAAGCAGCAGCUGAGGCAGCAGCAGCAGCAGCAGCAACGACAGCAGCAGGCGCUGCCGCCGCGACCGGCGGCCUCGCUGAUCGAUGAGGCGCUCCUGCAGCAGCUUCUCUCCACCGGCCUCUCCCUCGCAGAGGUGCACGCGGAGCUCGGCUUGCCGCCCCCCGAGGCCACGGGCGGCGCGAGAGGAGGCGCGGCCGCGCGCGAACGAGAGGGCUCCCGCGGAGGGCGUGGCCGGUCGGGGAGGGGGGGCGCGAGGCCCGGCGGGCUGAUUGGUCGAAAGCAACAGCCGUUUAUGUAGAGCUCACCACAUGGCUCUCGGCCGCGC